AUGCUCUUUCGAAGUAGAAGGUGGGGGGACCAAAUACCUGGCAUGAGCGUGGCAUUUCAAUUCCGUGGGAUUGGAUUGUGCGUGGAGCUUAUCUUCUGGACGCCUAUCACAGGUGUCAAAAGUGCACGAGUGCCAAAACCUGGCAGGAAAGGGAAGGUCGUUGCUGCUUGGCCAAUAUGUUUGCUUCAUCCGGAGACCUCAGUAUUGGAAAGGAAGGAAGGGACGGCUGUUUCCGGUUUCAAACUCUCUUCUGUGAUGAGCAGUCGCUACCCACUCAUUGUGAUAGUACCAAUCCUACAAUGA